AUAUUACUCCUUGAAUGUUUUAAUCCCAAUAACACUGGAAUUAGUUUUCUUUUGUGGUCUCGAAUAAAUGCUUACAUUAAAAAAAACUACAAGACGAUGGAUCGUAUUUUAAGAGCGCCACACUGCGGUCGCAUCCUUUAAUCUCUAAUCCGCCUCAAACCAUCAGUCUACAGUGACGAACUUCCUGCCCACAUGAUCUAGUAUUCACAGGAUUUUUCAUUAUAAUUACUACAAAAGGAACUAUGUGACAACGGAAUUCGACGUACAGACGAUGACUUUGAGUCACAAGGGUGUUAGAAGGAAGACAUUUUCGUCGUGACAGUCAAAGAUGUUCUUUGUAUAUACGUUGGCUUCCUUUGGCCAAGAACUGGAACAUCACAAAGAGAAUGAGCGAGCGUAUCGUAAAACGACCAAGAGAGGCGUUAUCUGAACUUGAGUAGGAUAUCCCAAGUAUACAUUCGCAUUUCGAAAGAAUUGUCAUCGCUUUGAAGGCAAAUUCAAUGCAGCGGUCGUCUCUUGACUUCAUCGAGCGGAAGGCAUUCUCCAGUUGCAGCAGUAGGUUCCCUAUACAUUCAUCUCUUCCGGCAAAGUCAUCACAUAAGGGAAACGGGCCCGUUACUGCAGUUAAGAGGAAUUUAUGGGAUCACAAGUUUCAUUUGAUGAGAUGAGCGUGCGAGCGGGGCAGGGCAGUGACGAGGUGCUGGUUUCGCAGGCGGUGUGGGAUUACCUUGCAGCCGCUGGACGGCCCUGGUUGGUUGACUUUGAGGACAAGCAGGGACUUAGCGCAGACAUCAUCCGACGUGGGGAGCGCGGCGGGUGCUGCGCCGUGCGUCUCACCCCAGUGGAGGGCAGCAGCAGGGCCAUAACAGGGCCGACAGAAGGGCCAGUUUCUCCCCUUACACGAAAAGCUUUUAUAGACUUAUGCCGCUGUGCCCGAAAAGAGAUGACCAAACAAGAGGCAGCUCCCAAAAGGAAACGUUCUCUGUUACCCUGUGUGACGGCAAUGGAGCCCGACGGGGAAGGGAGCUUGCUGCCUCCACCCCAACCACAACCACGUCGCUCUCAGAGACAGCAGCAGAAGUACAAAAAAAAUGCAUGUGAGGUGGACAACUGCAUGGUUAUACCCAUGCAACACGAAGCCGCGACAAGAACCGGGCCGGAAUCCAACGUCAGCCAGUUAAACGAAGAAGAAAGCACUAUUUGCUCUAUCUGCAUGGGGGAGAUAGCAGAAAAGACAACUCUAGACAAAUGCGGCCACACAUUCUGCCGGUCUUGCUUAGAACAGGCGUUUCAGGUAAAGAAGGCGUGUCCCGUGUGCAGACUCGUGUACGGUCAGCUCAUCGGAAACCAACCAGCCAAUGGGAGCAUGAUGGUGGAAAGAGACCCAGACCUUGAGUUGCCUGGACAUGAAGGUUACGGCUGUAUAUGCAUAAUUUACAACUUCCCUCCAGGUUUCCAAGCGCAAGAGCAUCCGAACCCCGGGGUGAGGUACCCAGGCACAGAUCGUGUGGCAUACCUGCCUGACAGUCCCGAGGGAAACCGUGUUUUACGCAUGCUUCGUCGGGCGUUUGAACAGCGCCUUGUAUUUACCAUAGGCACCUCCAUGACCACUGGGAUGCAUAAUGUUAUAACUUGGAACGAUAUUCAUCACAAGUCCUCUAUAUGGGGGGGACCCCGAUGCUUUGGUUAUCCAGAUCCUACAUAUCUUGUGCGGGUGACAGAGGAACUACGAGAGAAAGGAAUAACACCCGAUUGACCAUUACUUCGUAGCAUCUAAGACCUUUCAAAAAGAUGGCAAAUGUGUGCACCUGAACACAGUCUUAUCACAAACUCACUGUGUCCAAGCCACAGUCAUCUGCUGCAGCAUUGGUUCAGGACGCUGUCGCAAUGUUUUGUUUUAGUCUUUAUGUUUAGCUUUGUUCCUCGGUUUACAUGAGUGAAGGCAGUGUGUUUCCAUAAACUUUUCUUUGGCACAAACUGGGCUGCACUUUACCUAAACAGAUGUUCAAAUGGUACUCAGCUGAGUUUAGGAUACCCGUCGUACUGCUAAAAUGUGAAUUUCGAGAGGUGUACAGAGGUUUCCUUAUCUGCAGUACAGCUUUCCUUUUCCCUCUUGUCAGGUAAAAGCCAAUGUCUAGGCUGCUGGCCUCUGUCUUUCUUUGGUUCUCCCAUCCACAUUACGCUUAAUGGCCUUGUCAAAUUAUGGUAACAUCUGGAUGAGGAGAAAUGAAGGGGCAAUGGCAUAGCACAGCUAAAUGGGUACAGCUGGGACAAUCCCAUACAACCUUUUUUUCUAGUAAUCCGCACUAAGAGGCACUUUGCAGUAUAGGUAAUCUUUGUAUGGUGAGAAUUUAAAGUGGAUUCUGCCUGAUCUUCCAGAGUGGUUUUUGUGGGCCUUUUUAAAUAAAAGGUCCCGGUUAUGCUUUGAUUUUCAGUCCUAAUUUUGAUCCUUUAACAUCCAUAUCCUUCAUCCUUCAGGAAAUGUUGUGGUUAUUCAUUUGCGUCGGGUGCAUGAGAAUAGUGUGUAUUUUCUCGCUUGCUGUAUGCUGGAUUUCCCUAUUUGGAUUUUUUUGUUGAUAUUUACAGGUUUGCGAGUUCUCACGUUGAUGUCAAAACUUCUGCCACUUAUAUAAAAUGAUGUCAAGUAAAAAUGCGUGUAAACCACUUAUACCAAACUAAAGAGCAUAAUAGCUCAAAUCAUAGAAACCGUUUGGGUCUUUGCCUCAGACUUUCAGAAAACCUGCCAUUGGGUUUAUUUUGAAGAAUUAGGAGCUUUGUCCAUGCAACGUUUUCUGAGGUAGAAAACAAUUCAAUAACAAAGCAAAUGGGUGAACCUCACAAAAAAGUCAAGGUCACAUUUAACCACAAAACCAAAAAGAAACAAAAUAAGUUAUACUUUUGACUAAUGAAGACUUUAAGUGAUUCUAUGACAUUAUAGUUAUGAGAACUGGUAGGGAAAGGUGUGCUUGAAUGCCAUGCCAAACUACACUAAAAUGCAAAAAAUCUAAAGGAUCUGACAGAUUUUGUGAGAUUCACCUAAAUGUCCAACAUGUAUGCUAGCUAAUUAUCAGAUGUUUUUCUCAUUCAAAUGUUAUUGUUCCUUCUUCUUAAGGUCACAGCCUGUUAUUAUUAAUAGUACUCUUUACUCACUAGUAUUUUAUUUUCUAAAGUUUUAUUAUAAGUCUACAUUGCAGGAUUUCAGCUUUAAGAUAAAUCCAUCACACUGCAGAGCUGGAUUAUCAAUCUUACAAUUGUUUUACACAAACCAAAACAUAUUUACUUUGUGUUGUCUUUGGUCGUUUACAUUUAUAGUAUCAUUAAAUUAAAAGAGUAUCAUUAUUGAGUUUUCUUCACCCCCACAGUUUAUUUUAUGAAGGACCAAUUCAGUCAGGAAUCGUAGGACUAAAAUGUUAAUGUCAUGCAAAAUUCUAUGCACUUCCAAAUCAGAUUUAUAAAAUAGACCUCUUCAGAUGACUGAUUGUUCGAAGUUAAUAAUUUGCCUUUAUAGUUGAUUUGUAUAACAUAAUUGAAUUUUAUGCUACAAUUAAAAAUGUGCUUUACAUUUUCAUACUUGAAUAAAGGGGUUCUGUUAUGUUA